GACACAUGUACCGCGCAUGCGCUGCUCGCCGCUCUCCUCCUGUGUUGGUCGCCAUGUCUCGAGGAGAAACGCUGAGACUGUUGGUGAAGCAGCGAGUCCACGCGGUCGUUGAAGAGGCUUUUGGGCUGUUGGACACAUUAACAGCAGCUUAUGAGGACUCCGUUUGUGCUCUAAGAGAACAGGAGCGACUCACAUCAGAUGUCCAGCAGCCGUUGGCGAUUAAAGCAGAUGUCCCCCCUGAGUGCCUGGACCAGGACCUGGACCAGGACCUGGACCAGGACCAGGACCAGGAACCCCUCCACAAAAAAGAGGAAACGGAGAAACUCUGGAAGGAAACCAGGACACCUGAGUCUGCUGCACCUGCCCUAGAAUAUAAAGAAGCCCAUGUAAGUCAUGUGGGAUGUAACACUGGCAACAAACCCUUCAGCUUCUACAAGUGUAGUAAAAGGUUUUACUACAAGGGGUUUCUGCAGAGACACAUGAGAUUCCAUUUUGGAAAAAUGUCCUCCAGAUGUUUGGUUAGAAAGAAAUGUUUUAGAGAGAAGCAAAAGAAAGAAUCACAGCAAAGAGUUCACACAGGAGAGAAACCAUUUGGUUGUGAUGUUUGUGGGAAACGAUUUAGUACACAGGCACAUCUGAAGAGACACGUGACAGUCCACACAGGAGAGAAACCAUUCGGUUGUGAUCUUUGUGGGAAACGAUAUACAGUUCAAGGGAGUCUGAAGAGACACAUGAGAGUCCACACAGGAGAGAAACCAUUCAGUUGUGGUGUUUGUGGGAAACGAUAUACAGUUCAAGGGAGUCUGAAGAGACACAUGAGAGUCCACACAGAAUAGAAUGUGUUCCUUUCAUUUGUAAAAAGAAAAUUGAUGAUGUAAGUUUUUUAUGUUUUCUUUCUCGUUUUUAGUCAAACAAAUAUGUAAAAUGUCUCAAAUAUUCCCUAUUUCAUUUGUUUGUAAAUGUGAAGGAAGGCAACGUUGUCUUUGUUUACAUCUAAUGAAUCUCCAUUAUCUGAUGGAGGAAACUACAAACAAACAAGUCUGUACAAAUAUAUCUGUAUGUAAUAUGCAUAUUUCUGUGUAUUGUUUUUAAAUCUACAUAAAAAUAAACUUUUGCGAGUCUA